UGUCUUUAUCGUCUCUCUUUACAAAGUUAUACACAAAACCCCAAUAAAGAAACUCUACAUAUUACCAUAAGUAGGAACUUCCCCACUACCAUCGAUUUGGAACUCUGUCCUCUCUGGUUUCGAUGCAUUAUUCUUGAUGAAUUGCCAUCUGCAUAGUCCAAAAUGUGCCCAUGAUGUGUUCGAUGAAAGGUCCCAGAGAAGGGGACACAGCUUCACAUGUUGCACCAACUUCAACUUCUUGGCUCUUUGUCUUUAACUACUACUCUCUUUAUCCAUCAUAACCUUGUCAAGCUCAAAAACAAGACACUCUCGAAUCAUUUUCUACGUAAGUUCUUUAAUCUUUAUACAUACAUAAUAUCUCUUGAUUUUGUAAAUCCCCAUCGGUCAAUUUCAGUGUUUUCAAAUUGGAUUUUAGUGAAUCAAGUCAUUUACAGAGGCAACGAGUUAGAUCAUAGAUGGCAUUGUCAACUUCAGGAUCAUCGAAAAGGGUAUGUUCGGAGAUCAAUAACUCAGUUCAGGCAGCCACCUGCGUCGUCGACGGGUGCACGGCGGACCUUAGAAACUGCAGAAAGUAUCACCAGCGUCAUAAGGUUUGCGAAGUCCAUUCCAAGAGCCCAGAGGUUUCAAUCAAAACCGAAAAGCUUCGAUUCUGCCAGCAGUGUAGUCGGUUCCAUCCGCUAGAUGAAUUUGACGAAGGAAAACGGAGUUGCAGAAAGCGACUUGACGGGCAUAAUCGGAGAAGAAGAAAGCCUCGACCAUAUCUUUUUCCGGCGAAUCAUCAUGGCACCGGUGUGGUACAGCCGAGUGGUCCACCGGUGCACACAGCCAUGGCUUCCAUGACCACGAGCUCUGUGUGGAGCCACUUGGACCAUGCUCCCUCUCUUCUGUCAUCUUCAGAGGCAUCUUUUAGCCAUGUGGUGCACCCUCCAUCUGGUUCCUUCUCUGCAACAAUAAGUUUGGAGAAUGAUUCUGAUGCGGGGUGGGGUGGUAUGAUUGAUACGACGUCGAAUUAUAAUCAAGAUCCUCAAGAGUUUCCUUUCUAUUGGCGAUAUAAGUAAUUGUUGGUUUUUGUUGCACAAGGUUUAUGUUUGUACUUUAAGUUAUUUAAUAGUAAGUAAGUAGGUUUUAGAUUUGUUCCGUACAUGUAAUUUCCUAGGAUUUUAAGUUGUUAAAACAAGAAUUUAAGCAAUAUUUUUUUGUUUUUGUCA